AUGAAAAAGGAACAAUCCAUUGAUGUUAACAACAGACAAGAAGUUAACAAUGUUGAAAAAUAUCAAUAUUCAUUAGUGAAAGGUGAACGUGAACAAUUAAUAUCUGCGACAAAAAUACCUUGGACAGCUGUAAUAGUGGCGGUUAUUCUGGCAUUAGCAGCAAUUGUUCUUUGUUUACCAUUUGGUGUUUAUGCAUUUUAUCGAAUAAUAAAUGCGUAUGAUACAACUGAUUUAUCUGUGGCGAAAGAUAUGUCAUGGAUUGGUGUUAUUAUUGGAGUUAUGUUUUGGACAGCUGCGUUAUUUCUCAUCAAUAGAAGAUGGUAG